ACAUAUGAGAAUUUUACACGAGCCUCGGACUCACAAGCAUUCAGAGAAGAAGAGCGUAUUCUCAAGUCGACCUGGCCGCACAAUGUUCUAAUCCAGCGGCAGCACCGAAAAAUGGCCACGUAAAAACAUAAUUUUAACAGGCGCUGCGCAAGUACACAAAUUUCUGCUGCUGACUAAAUGAACAUAAACAAACAUUAGAAUAUGCCACAGCGGCAUUUAGAAGCUGGAAUGUGUGACGUGAACGGUAGUAGUCACCUGCACAAGCAAUCAGAUUAGGCCUGCUCCGUUCCGGACCCAGUUGUUCCAGUGUCGAUUUGCCAGCCACCAUGGAUGAGAAACUUAAGUAUUCGCUGCUGCGCGGAGAGCUGGUGGACACACAGAGUAUAUGGACCAGGCACGAGAAGCGAGUGUGGUUUAUCACCCUGAUAACGGGCACCUGCAUGCUGUACUCAACCCGCACAACAAUGCCGUUGCUGGUGCCGGCUGUCGCCUCUGCCCAAAAGUGGACUAAGACCGACUCCGGCACUGUGCUCAGCUCCUUCUUCUGGGGCUAUACCCUGACGCAGGUGGUGGGCGGUUACUUCAGCGACAGGUUCGGCGGUCAGCGUGUCAUACUGUGCGCGGCCAUCGGUUGGUCGCUCAUCACAUUCCUUAUGCCCACGAUCAUCUGGUCGGCCGGUUCCAUCAAAAGCUAUGCCAUUCCCUUCAUUGUGGCCAUUCGCAUACUGAACGGUGCUCUCCAAGGUGUCCAUUUCCCCAGUAUGAUAAGCCUGACCAGUCAGAACCUUUGUCCCAACGAGCGCAGCAGCUUCUUUGGGCUGCUCACAGCCGGCUCCGCCUUGGGUACUCUGCUCACUGGAAUUAUGGGCUCAUUCCUGCUUGAUUACUUUGGCUGGUCGUAUGUCUUCCGUGUUAUCGGGCUGAUGGGCGUCGCCUGGGCCCUUGUUCUACGCUACUACGCGAUGGCUGGAGAACGGAAUAGGAUCAUCAACAUUGCCACGCCCUCUCGCCUGUGCGCGAACAAGAGUCCGACAGAGACGACAACCGUGCCUUGGCUGCGCUACUUUAGCCGUCUGUCCUUCUGGGCCUGUGUGCUGACACACGCCUGCGAAAUGAACUGCUUUUUUGUGCUGCUCUCCUGGCUGCCAACGUACUUUCAUGACGGCUUCCCGCACGCCAAAGGCUGGGUGGUCAACAUGAUCCCUUGGCUGGCCCUCCCGCCAUGCACACUCUUUGCCAAGUACUUGACCACGAAAUUAAUCGCCCGCGACUGGCGCACCACGACGGUGCGCAAGCUCAUUCAGAGCUGCUGCUUUGCGGCACAGAACCUAGCCUUGUUUGUGAUGAGCCGCACCUCGGACUUCCAUACGGCCCUCAUCUGUAUGACCAUCAUUAUCGGUGGAACGGGCUUCCACAACAAUGCGGUAACGGUUAAUCCCCAAGACUUGGCCCCAAUGCAUUCGGGCAGUGUCUUUGGACUGAUGAACACGGUGGGUGCGAUUCCUGGCUUCCUUGGUGUUUAUCUCGCCGGCCACAUUCUGGAGCUCACACAGAGCUGGCCGAUGGUCUUCAGUGCAGCGGCGGGCAUCAAUCUAGUGGGCUGGAUAAUAUUUAUGGUUUUCGGCUCGGCGGAGGCCAUAGUUUAACAUUCUCUUGGACAUAUUCUUAAGCUUUUGGAAUUAAUUUUAUUUAUUUCUGUUUAUGUACGUUGGACUCGGUCCUUUUGUAAGCAGUUGACGAGAGAUCGAAGCCAAAUAUGUUGUACUUUGGGAGUACUAUCCUGCGAUGCCUCGCUAUCAGAUAAAAGCAAACAUUUUGACCCAUUCGGUAUAUUAUAAUGUAUAUAUUUAGGACAUAGGUUUAAGUAGUGAAAUCUUACUGCUCCUAGUGUUAUCAAUUAAAAAUGUUUACUCCCA